AAACUCUUUACUCACCGGCGAAUAUUUUUUUCUCCAAGGAAACUUCGGGAUUUACAUUUUGUUAAGCCUUCUUGCUUGGUUAUCCCUCUCCACCGGCGAACGAAACGGAACCCUAGCCUCGGCCCUCCUCUCUCCCCUUCUCCUUCCCCAAGAAGAGCACCUCAAAACCCUAACCCUAGCCGGCUAAACCCUAAUCGUGAUCGUAGGAGAGAGGAAAAAAGAAAUCAAAGAAAGAUGCCGAAUUUGGAAUGCCGGAUGUACGAGGCCAGGUACCCGGAGGUGGACAUGGCGGUGAUGAUCCAGGUGAAGCACAUCGCGGACAUGGGAGCGUACGUCUCCCUCCUGGAGUACAACAAUAUCGAGGGCAUGAUCCUCUUCUCCGAGCUGUCCCGCCGCCGCAUCCGCAGCGUCUCCAGCCUCAUCAAGGUCGGCCGCCAGGAGCCCGUCAUGGUCCUCCGCGUCGACCGCGAAAAGGGCUACAUCGACCUCAGUAAGCGCCGCGUCUCCGAGGAGGACAUCCACGCCUGCGAGGAGCGCUACAACAAGUCCAAGCUCGUCCACUCCAUCAUGCGCCACGUCGCCGAGACCAUGGACCUCGACCUCGAGGACCUUUACAUCCACGUCGGCUGGCCCCUCUACCGCAAGUACGGCCACGCCUUCGAGGCGUUCAAGGUAAUUGUGACGGACCCUGAUUCGGUUCUUGAUUCCCUUACCCGAGAAGUGAAAGAAGUCGGUCCGGAUGGGCAGGAGGUGACUAAGGUGGUGCUGGCGAUGACGCCGGAGGUUAAGGAUGCUCUGGUCAAGAACAUCAGGAGAAGGAUGACCCCGCAGCCAUUGAAGAUACGAGCUGAUAUUGAGAUGAAAUGCUUCCAGUUUGAUGGGGUUCUUCACAUUAAGGAAGCUAUGAAGAAAGCAGAAGCUGCAGGCAAUGAUGACUGUCCGGUGAAGAUAAAACUGGUUGCUCCUCCUCUCUAUGUUCUCACCACUCAAACUCUUGACAAGGAACAAGGAAUAACAAUUCUAAAUAAUGCUAUCAAGGCAUGCACUGAAAAAAUAGACCACCACAAAGGAAAACUUGUAGUGAAGGAGGCACCAAGAGCUGUGAGUGAACGAGAUGAUAAGCUACUUGCAGAACACAUGGCAAAACUACGAUCUGCUAAUGAGGAAAUUGAUGGUGAUGAAGAUACGGAAGAGGAGGAAGACACAGGAAUGGGAGAUGUGGAUUUGGACAAACCAGGUGUUGGUAUAACAGAGUAAAAUCUGGCAAAUGGAUUAAGUUUUUAUGGAUGCAUAUCAUUUACCAUGAGUAGAUAGUCUGCGAUCAGGCCCUUCUCCCAUCAAGCAAUCUAAAAUGGAAUGCUGCCUACUGCCUCAGUUUUCUUGGAGAAUGCUGUCCUUGGGAUAUUAUGCAGUUUCACAGUUUUGUUAUCUGAGAUUGUUUGGUGGUGCUAAAGUGAUAUGAGAUGUGCAAGCUAAUGACCUUUUGACUGUGUACAAUGAGUGUUUUUUUGUUUUAUUUUUUUGGUUGUGCGAGUGUGAUGAACUGUAAAAAAAACUCUAAAUACGCUCUCUCCUUUGGCUUUUGUUACCUGCAUUAUGCUUUCAUGCUUCAAAUUGGCUCGUCUUAUUUGCUCUGUAAAAUGCACAAAAAUCAUAUUGAGAAAUACACUUGUUUCUCAAGAAGAGA